AAGAGGGAAGUCCACGUUGUGCUCGGCCCGUGUCCAACCAGUUUCGAGUGGCUAUAAGCCAAACAGAAAAUUCGAUAAAUACUCACAAUGCGUACAAUAGCUUAACAGUUGACUGAAGUGUUUCAGCGAAAUAAGAUUGGAAAAUAUUCGAACUACUAAAGUACAAAAUAGAAGCUAAAAAUGAAAUUUUUGAUACUCGUCUUUGUGACCCUUGUUGCCUUGGCCUCGGCUCAGUUUGGACUCUUUGGAGAAUUGGUACGGGAUGUUGAGCAAUUCGGACAGCAACAGCAACAGCAGCAGCAGCAACAGCAAAGCGGAUUUGGAGGAGGGCAACAGGAGCAGCAACAGGAGCAGGGCGUCAUCUUCAAAGGUCCUUUUGGCGGCGAAGUAGAGUUCUUCCAGGAGCAGCAGCAAGAGCAGCAAGGCGGCGGUGGCCAACAGCAACAGCAACAGCAGCAGGAAAAUCUUUUUAAUUUCUUUGGUUAAACUUAAAAAGCCAAGAUCACUGAGAAACAGUCUGAAUGCAAUCCCCUAGAUUUAUAAAAAGCCGUGAUUCCCAAAUAAAAACACCAUUAACCAAGGAAA